AGGCCGAGGAUUUCCCCACGUUCUCGGGCGGGGCGCAUGCGCCUUGCACUCGUCGCCGCGUUCUCGGUCUCCUACGGCCGCCGCUCGCGCUCGGAGCCGGGCGGCGCACGCGCAGUGCUAGGAGCGAGGGGGCGGUCCCGCUGGGCGGCAGCCACCGGAUUCCUGUCAGGAGCGGCGGCGGCGGCGGCGGCUGGAGUGGCGCCCGCGGAGCCGCUUCUUCGUCCGCCCCCGCAGCGCGGCCCCGGAGCGGCGAUGCCCUCGGACUUCAUCUCUCUGCUCAGCGCCGACCUCGACCUCGAGUCGCCCAAGUCCCUCUACUCCAAGGAAUCAGUCUAUGAUCUCCUCCCUAAGGAGCUGCAGCUGCCACCUUCCAGAGAACUCUCAGUAGCAUCCAUGAGUCAAACCAGUGGGGGCGAAGUGGGUUCGCCCCCCCCGGGCGUAGUUGCUGCUGAUGCUUCUUCAGCUCCCUCUUCCUCCGUGGGCGGUGCUUGCAGCUCCUUUACCACCUCUUCCGGCCCCACCAUUUACUCUACCUCAGUCACUGACAGCAAAGCUAUGCAAGUGGAGGGCUGCUCCUCAGCCAUGGGGGUAAGUAACCGUGGGGUAAGUGACAAGCAGUUAAUCAAUAACACAGUCCAGCAGCCGCAGCCACAGUCCACCCCGAAGAGGCACACAGUCCUGUACAUCUCGCCACCACCAGAGGAUUUGCUGGACAACAGCCGGAUGUCCUGCCAGGAUGAGGGGUGCGGAUUGGAGUCUGAGCAAAGCUGCAGUAUGUGGAUGGAAGACUCCCCCUCUAACUUCAGUAACAUGAGUACCAGUUCCUACAAUGAUAACACUGAGGUGCCACGUAAAUCUCGUAAGCGAAAUCCAAAGCAGAGGCCAGGGAUCAAACCGAGAGAUUGUGAAGAAUCGACCAUGGAUAUCUUUGAUGCUGACAGUGCCAAAGCGCCUCAUUAUGUCCUUUCUCAACUCGGCACGGAGAGCAAAAGCAACUUGAAAGCAGGAAAUGGAACCUCAGAAGUCCCCAAGGCGACUGGAGGAAAGAAGAGCCCUAUGUUGUGUGGUCAGUACCUGAGCAAAAGUGAAGGCAAAGAGCUGAAGAUCCUGGUACAGCCGGAGACUCAACACAGAGCUCGCUACCUCACUGAGGGAAGCCGAGGCUCAGUGAAAGACAGAACCCAGCAGGGAUUCCCUACUGUCAAGCUGGAAGGUCACAACGAUCCUGUGACGUUACAGAUAUUUGUGGGUAAUGACUCUGGCCGGGUGAAGCCCCACGGAUUCUAUCAGGCCUGCAGGGUCACAGGGCGGAACACCACGCCUUGCAAAGAGGUGGACAUCGAGGGCACGACUGUCAUUGAAGUGGGCCUGGAUCCAAGUAACAGCAUGACCCUGGCGGUGGACUGUGUUGGAAUUCUGAAGUUGAGGAAUGCAGAUGUUGAAGCCCGAAUAGGCAUCGCUGGUUCUAAGAAAAAAAGCACUCGAGCCAGACUGGUUUUCCGUGUCAACAUCCCGCGGAAAGAUGGUUCUGUUCUAACGCUACAGACUCCGUCCUCGCCCGUUCUGUGCACUCAACCUGCAGGUGUGCCGGAAAUCCUCAAGAAAAGCCUGCAUAGCUGUUCAGUGAAAGGAGAAGAGGAGGUCUUUUUGAUUGGGAAGAAUUUUCUGAAGGGAACCAAAGUGAUCUUCCAAGAGAACAUCUCUGAUGAAAGCUCCUGGAAAGCCGAGGCAGAAAUUGACAUGGAGCUGUUUCAUCAGAAUCAUCUGAUUGUGAAGGUGCCACCUUACCAUGACCAGCAAAUAACUACACCUGUUUCUGUUGGGAUUUUUGUCAUGACCAAUGCUGGGAGAUCACAUGACAUACAACAAUUUACAUACACUCCAGAUACAUCAGCUCAGACUCUGAAUGUGAAUGUGAAGCAGGAAAUAUCCAGCCCAACCCAGCCCUGCUCUUUUGAUGAUGCAGCCAAAGCGAACUCCAGUGGCUGCAAGCUGGACCAAGUAAAUCUUCUCCCCAGUGCCUUGGUAACUCCUCUCAGGCCAAACAGUGUCGUUAAGAAUGAAGAGGCUGCUCCAAUGGAACUUGUGGCCGAGAAAAUGUCUCUUCCUGCCUUUAAUACAACCAGCGCCAUUGGGCAAUCUCAAACAACUUUGGAGACCACCAUAUCCAGCAUCUUGGGGAACGGCCCUUUCUCCUCUUCUGCUUCUCAUUUAGCUCAAGAGAGCGAAAAGCAGCCCCUGCAACCAAAGUAUCCUCCUGAGACCAGGCCUACCCUUCAGGCUCCGGACCUGGUGCAGUCUGGCAGUUUUCCAGCCGCCGCUGCUCCGAACCAACUGCAGAACAGCGACACCCUUCUGCAGCAGCCCUCCCAGUUCCCCUUGAGGGAGCCUUCCUCCAGAGAGGCUUUGCAAUCGGACAGCACAGCCAUGGCUUUGUCCCAGCUGACGGAGGCCGCCCAACAGCCACCUCCCCUUCAGGAGUCCAGCCAGGCACUGCAGCAGCAGAUCUCCUCAAGCAUGUUCUCCUCAGCCGGCGGGGUGAGCCAGCUUCAGAGCACAAUCCAGCAGCUGCAGGCGGGGAGUUUUCAGUCCAGCCCUGGUGGCAGUGGCAGCAACAGCAGCAGAAACGUUGACCUGGUUCAGCAAGUCCUGGAAGCUCAGCAGCAGCUGUCCUCUGUCCUCUUUUCAGGCUCCGAGAGUGAGGAUGUUCAAGAGCAGCUCAAUGUAGAAAUUUUCCAGCAGGUUAGCCAAAUCCAGAAUGGAGUCAACCAGGGCAUGUUUUCUUCAUCGGACACCGUUCAUUCAAGAGUAGAAGACCUUCUCCCCAGCGGAACCGAGACCAUGCACCCACAACCGGAGACUUCGUUGGCUGGCCAGCAGCAAGUGCAGCAGCAGGCGCAAGCGAUGGAGACGUCUGCUGCGAUGGUGAUUGACAUGCAGCAGGGCCUUUGCCAGGCCUCCAGCCGCAUGCCAUCCGACUUGUUCGCCUCCUCUUCCUCCUCCUCCUCCUCCUCCUCUUCCUCGGGAAAUGGAAGCAUCCAGCAGUCCCCAGUGUACCCGCCAACUUCCCAUUUGAUAGGUGGGCUGUCAGCAAACGAAGACAUGCAAAUGCAGUGUGAGCUGUUCCCUCCCACCAGUGUCUCCAGCAACGACGCAGGUACUCCAGGGCAGCAGCAGCAGGAGCAGGUGCCCACCGGCGGCUCUGCCAUGUUCCCUGCUUCGGGCUCUGCGGAAGGCAAAGAAGUUUCAGGACAAGCCAAACAGAUGCAGAGCACCGUGUUUCAGGCGAUGGUCCAAAUGCAACACAGUGGGGAAAGCCAGGCCCAGGUUGCUCUUUUUCCUUCCUCAGAGGACAUGAUGGCUGCCGUUCAAGGCACCGGAGCCCAGCAGCAGGGCGGGGGGCUCUUCCAGCAGAGUGGAGAGAUGCUCUCUCUCCAGGCCGGCAGUUUUUUGCCCCCGGCUGCCCAUUCCCAGCCUCAGCUGUUCCACUCUCAGAGCCCCAUUGGGGACACCCAGAGCAUCUCUCAGGAGACCCCCAGUUCUCUUUUUCACAGCCAGAAUGCUGCCUCUUCUUCUGAACAGCUGCAGCAGCCCAUGUUUCACUCCCAGGGGAGCCUAGGAGUUGUUCCGGACCAGCAGGCAGGCAGCCUGUUUCUCUCCCAGAAUGCUUUGGGCUCCUCCGUUGCGCAGGAGGAGCAGAUGCCAUUCUUUGCCACACAAAGCUCUCUUUCUCCCUUGCAAGGCCCGGCCAGGACUGAGCAGCAACCCUCCUUCCAGCAACCCCACCUCCAAGGCCCUCUGCUCACCCAGGAGCAGCACCAGUCAACACAUCAGGGUCUCUUCCAGGCCCAAGUAGCUCUAGGCCCCCUCCCUCCCUCUGGGGUGCCUCCCAACCAACAGGGGAGCAUUUUCCAAGCUCAGCAUUCACUUGUGGCUCUUCAGAAUAGUGCCUCCACCCAAGAGCAGCAGCAGCAGCAGCAAAACAUGCGGUUCAGUCAGAACACCAUGGGCUCCGUGGCUUCUCAGAAGCCAACGCUGCUGUUCAGCUCCAAUCCCAGCACGAUGACCAGCCAGGAGCAACAGCAGAGCCAGCCUCUCUUCCACCCCCAGAGUAGCCUGGCCCAGAGGGGCCAAGAGCAGCAGCCCAUGCAGUUCCAGAGCCAGAGUUCAGGCUCCACCCAAGCUGAGCCUCCACAACCACCACCAAGUUUAUUCCAUGGCUCCCCCCAGAUCCAGCUGGUCCAGGGAUCCCCCAGCCCUCAGGAGCAGCCAGUCACCCUCUUCAUAUCAUCGGCUUCCAUGUCUGCCUUGCAGAGCAACAUGAGCCAGCAGGAGUUGCAGCAACCCACUCUGUACUCCUCACAGAGCAACCUGCCAAACAUCCAGGACACUUCAUCGCCCCCCCAGCAGCAGCAGCAGCAGCAACAGCAAGCAGCCUCUUUGUUUCACAAUGCAUCUGCUGGAAGUUCCAUCAGCCAGCUGCAGAACUCCACUUCAUCCUCACAGACCUCCGGGAUAUUCCUCUUUGGCAUCCAAGACACAGGUUGUGGCCAGCUCUUAACAUCUGGACCGGGUUCCGUGUCAGAGCAGAUGAUGACCCUCAGCCAAGCACAGAAUGAGGCACAGCCAUCUGUCACAGCUCUCCUGUCCCAGCAAAUGUCAGAGAGUCCUCAGAUUUCUUCUGCAAUGACCACCAAUCAGAAUAUGAAGAAGAUUGAUGACUUGCUUGUAUCCCUACAAAAUCAGGGGAACAAUACCAUGGCUGGCUCCUUCUAAAAGUGAGAAAUCCUGCACUGGACAGACUGCAUUAUCUCUGGUGAUUCUGGAGUUUAGCAAAGUAGCGUUAACUCUUCGUUGAAAGAUGGCCGGAAGCAACAUUUUCAUUCUUGCUUUGGAAGAACACCACUCUGGAAGUUCUGCUGAAGUGGGGGGCAAAGCCAGGUUUUAUGUUAUCCAGGCAUGAGUUGGACUGUUAUCCCCGUCCCCAGUUCUGAGACGGAUGCGGAGUUUGGCUGUCACGUGUCAGCAGCACAAGACAAGAACAUUGGGCUUGCUCUCUCCCUCUCCCAUUCUUUUUCUGGUUUUCACAAUUCUUUGGGUGCAUUUCCUGUGUCCUCAAUCAUUUGACGGUUUCCCAUGAUUUGUGGCCAAGUAUGGAAAUGGUUUCCAUUGAAAAAUGUGGUUUGAGUGGUAUGGCAAAGUCUUCUGUGUAUGCUGUGAAUCCCACCCAGGAUCAUGGCUUGUUGCUGCACGUGUUGGGUGGUGAAAGUUUAUGUCUGGAUUGGGCUCUGAAGCAGCAGCUGCUCCCAUCAGAGUGGUGGAGGAGCCCCUGGGGUGGGGGAGGUUUGGGGAGCACCAGGAGGGCCUUGCAGGGAAGGCAGCCUCUGAUCGGGGCUGUAGCUUGCUGACAGCUGGGCGCAAGUGACCUCAGUGCUAUGCUGUUCUCCCUUCUCAGAAGGAACCAGUUGCUGGUCUAAGGAAUUGGGCUCUUUUCGGAGUCUGCUUUGAUCAAACGGUGGCUGACUCUUCUUAAAGCUUCUCACUGGAGUUUCCCACCCUUCUAUUUAAAUAUUCUGCCAUGUACAGGAUUAACUUUUCGGAGGACCAGAAAACGAGAAAAAAAAUGUUUGUGGUGAAUGCAUGGCAGGAUUUAAGGAAGGAGGGUAGAGUUUAGGUUGCUUUUGACACCAUUGCCAUUGCUGGGAGAUGGAGGCUCCAUGCUGGGAACAUGGGACCUUCUCUAAGCUCCAUUUUGAACUCAAAGGUGGGGAGCAGCCUCGCUCCUGCCAGAGGUGUUUGAUAAAAGGCCAGUGCGGUCCAGGCCACGUGAUCCUGGCAUGCUCUCCUGGGGUUCACUGCCUGCAGCCACCUCCAGGUCUCUUGCGCAUCCACCAUGCGUGGGGUGUCUGCCACUCCAGAGUGUCCCUGUGCAGCUCUCGCUGACCUCGGGGGCUGUUUUGAGUAUGCCUCAGCUGUUUGUCUUCUGUGUUGAGAAGAAUGUCACUUGUCUCCCUUGUGAGGGGGGGUCUUUCUCAUGCUGUGCCAGUCCGUCUCUUCUGUUAGUGGUCCAUGUGUUCUGUCCCAAGAAGUUUGGGUUACGUUUUCAGUAGUACAGGCUCUUUUGCCAAUAUGAAGGGAACUUUUCAGAAAGAGACCUACUCGAGGUCAUUUAAUUUUGAAUACAGUUUUCAGUCGUUCAAGUUUUGGAUGGUUUAUAUCCAAUGUGUGUUUCAUUUUUUGGAAAGCUCUAUUUUGUAUUUAGUAAAUGAUAAACUAUUUUGCUAUUUGUACUAGAUGAGUACAUUGGCAUAUAUAUAUAUAUAUAUAUAUAUAUAAUAUAAUAUAUAUAUUAUACACACAUACAUUCAUACACAUAUAUUCUUCUUGCCACAGAUUUUUGUGGCAAACGUGAGUUUAUAGUCUCUUCUCCCACCACAUGGCGUCUGGUUAUGGGGGAAAGGGGACAGGUUUGUUAAAUCUUCAUGGAGUGUUUCUGUAAUUUUUGUGGCAGGUGUUCCUUCUUCUGGCCAUUCCAUCAGUGCUGGCUGGCCGUGAAGGCAGCUUCAUGGCCGAGGGAUUGACCUCCUGCUGUGGGGGACUUGGCAGGGGAGUCCCAUGGGGUGACUUCUUAAAAGCUGGGAUUUGAUUCCGCUUUUAUUCUCUGUUGAUGUCUAACAUGUUUUUUUAAUUUAUAACACUAAUACUUUCUGCUUUCCCUCUCUUGUAAAUCCUAUAGAUUCCUUGAACCUAAUUCUGAUGCUGAGAAAGAGAGAUGCACACAUGUGGAGGGAAUUAUGGGGAGGCAGAGAGGAGAGUGCAAAAGUCCCUAAGCCAGUUUGUUGUUGUUGUUGGUUUUUUGGGGGGGGGGUAUGUGUCACAGUCUGAGGUCAGCUCCUUGUUAAGAGGUCUCCCAUCCUCUCUGAAGGGGGGAUGAACAGGGGCUGUCUGGUGAGCUGCUUGGGGCCAAUGCUGAGACAUCUGGGACCAAUCCUCCUUUGAACUGAGGUUCUGCUGAUCCUCUUGCCACCUCUUGUGACAUCAGCAUCUGCUGCUUGUGCAAAAUGGUGAAACUGAUACUUUGUUAGUUGGUUUUUACUUUUCCUUGGUCCAGUUUAGGUCAAUAUUUAAAUGUGCAACAUUUUGAAUAUGUGAUUUGGUUACCAAAUGUAUCUUUUUUGAGCAAAGGGGCUGCUCAGUAGCUGGCAGAGGCUGGUCCUACAUCUUUGCUCCUGCUUUCUGUGGGCAAAGGGAGCGGAAUCAGCAGAGCUUCCCUUGGCAAGCCCUUCACUUGGCUGCUUCAGCAAUCCAGCUGGAACUUGCUGCGUUUCUGCACAAAAGCUGCAUUCCCCACCUCGCUGUUUUCAGGGCACUGACACAAGGAAUGUGAGGGACACUGAUGAAUGAGAAGGCUAACGGGGAAGAAGGACCCAUCUUUUCUUGUGGGAGAUAGUCCCUGCCUUUUAUGUCAAGCUCCCUAGCUAAAGCAGGGAUUAUGGAAUUCAUUUGUAGAAUUAAGUAAGGCUUCAUGGUUAUAAGCCCCAGGAAGAUGAUUACAGUUUAAAAGAAAGUGUAGUAUUUUAAAAUACAGUACAUCUCCUUUAUUAAAGUUUAUAUUAAGAAUUUUCCCAUACAGGUAAUCCUUAACAUACAUCCUUUCAUUUAGUGACCAAAGUUACAACAGCACUGAAAAAAGUGUUUUACAACCGAUCCUCACACUUACCAUGGUCAUAUGAUCAAAAUUCCAGCACUGGCAACUGGCGUGCAUAGCUGCUGGUUCCAGCAUCCCGGGGUCAAGGGACGGCCGUUUGAGAUCUUCCCAGCCAACUUCUGACAAACAGAGUCAAUGGGGGGAAGACAGAUUCAGUUAACAACUAUGUGAUUGGCUUGACAAUCAUGGCAGAAAAGGUGGUAAAAUUGGGUGUGAUUCACUUAACAAUUGCCAUUCUUAGCAAUGGAAAUUCUGAUCUCAGUUGUGGUCGUAAAUUGAGGACUACCUGUAGAAUAAAAAGCAAAUUGAAAGAAAAAAGAAAGUGCAAGAAAUGAAAAAAAAGAAAAGAAUUUAAUGACUUUUCAACAGGUUUGGUUUAAUAAUCCCUCCUUAGAUAUAUCAUAAAAUGUAUAAUCCCUCAGUCCCUUAUUUAAUCCACGCCUGGCUUAAUCUUCAAACCCAUAAAUCACUUUCAUUUCUUCUUUCAGCAAGAAGUCCAUACGAUUUCCAAUCAUUCAAAAAAAGUUUUUUUUUCUAUGACUAAAUACUGUAGGUCAGUUUUACCAUUUCUGCAAAUCCUGACAUUUUCACAAUCCAUUCCUCCACUGUGGGGAUUUCAUUAACCUUUCAUUCCAUAGUUGUGUUUAUGAUAAUCUUUCUGCAAUUACCAUCUAUAAGAUCAGUCUGCCAUGAGUUUUUUAUAAUUCAUUUUCCAUAAGACUGAAUAAAGAGAGUUCUAGUUUCUUGGAAAUAGUAAUCUUUUAAGAUUCUUUGCAUCAUUGUGUGAAUUUGUAUCCAAAGUUUUAUUGGCUUUCUUACAAGUCCAUCAUCAUUAUAAAAUAUCCUCUCGUGUUUUUAACAUUUCUAACACUAAUUUGAAAUACUUUUAUAUUUUUUGAUAACUUUCCUGGUGUCAUAAACCAAUAAUACAUCAUUUUAUUUAAAAAAUUCCCUUAGAUUUAUAACAUAAUGCAAAUUUAACAUCAAUUACCCAGGUUUUCUCCCAAUAUCAAUCUCUAUGUUAUAUCUAAAAUUAACAGACCAUUUUGUCAUGCAAUCUUCAACUUGUUCAUCUUCUUAAGAAAAGUUUAUACAUUUUUCCUAUUAUCCCAAAGGUUCUUUUUUCAAGAGGCAACUCUACACCAGAAAGUCCGGCUGCUUCUUGAAAAAGCACUUUUGGGACAACUGUGACCUAGAUGACUGAGAAUCUCCAUAGAUUUUUCUAUUACACAUUCUUCAUUUCUGUACAUUUCAAUUUCAAAUUCCAAUUUAUAUUUUUCAGUUCCACUUGUCUUUUUAUCCGGAUCAACUGUACCUAUCCAAACCAUUGAAAGCUAUAGCCCUCUGAGAUCAGUUGUUAGUCAUUUCUUCAUAUAUGCUGCUGGUGUUCUGUAGAAUACUUCUUUGCUAAAAGUCAAUAAAGGUAUCUUCAGGCACAACCAGUGUUUAUAUUUAUUUCAUAUUCUCAAAGCAUUCUUUUUCACAUAAUUAAAAUCCACAUUGUUAUGCUACAAAUAAAAACCUACAGCAAACAAACCUCAGAUUAUGACCCUCCAUUUCAAACAUUCUUUUUUUUCUCAGCAAGACCCAUCAUUUCAUCCAAAUUAAACAACAGACUGCAAAGUAUAAAGUCAAGCAAUCCUAAUGCUCCCUAUCUUUUGCAUCCUGCAGAAUUUUGAAUUUAACCCUUGAUUUUUUGCCAUGCCACAUAAAUCUAGAUAAAAUUAUUGCUGCUAUUUUAAAAAAGCAUUUUUCAAAACCAGGAUUGUUUGAAAUAAAACAUUAUUUUGUUAAUGUAUUUGUUCUCACAGAAAUUCUUCAAAGCUGUGCAAGUUGCAACUUCUUUUUUAAUAACACACAAUUCGUAUUAGCCAUAGUAACAUCUAACUGAUUAAGAUUCUGCCUAGAAACCUGGAGAUUGUGAGUUCUAGUUCCACCUUAAUCAAAAGCCAGCUAGAUGAUGACUUUGGGUUAGUCACUCUCCUUCAGACCUCAGGAGAAGGCAGAGACAAACCACGAAUGAAAUCUUGCUAAGAAAACUGCAGGGACUUAUCCAGGCAGUUGCCAGGAGUCAAGACUGACUCAAAGGUGUGCACGCGUGCACACACACACAGACCUAAUUUUUUUCUCAGUCUGAAGAAAAGCCAAUAGUCACUCAUAGGUGGGAGUGGAUCCCAAUCUUUGCAAGCAGCUUCUGAUUUAGCCAUAGCGAGCAGGCAGUUUCCCAAAGGACGAAAUCCUUUUUCAGCUAGACUUCUGCACGUCCUGAAGCAAUUACCAGGCUGAUCCUCCCUUCCCCUCUGCCAUAAAUGCAGCAGCCGGCUUAGGCUGUUGCAUUUGGGCUCUGUCGGCUUGGGGGUCAGCCCCCCUCUGUGGCAAUGGAGUCUCCUUGGAGCCAAAAGCUUUGUGAAUGCUAGAGAGGCUCUCCCUGCAUCUCUCUGCCCCAGCUUCCCCAGAGUGUUGGUCACCUUGCAAAGGAAGCUGCGUGGAUCAUGGGAAAUGGAGGCUCCAGGCUUUGCCUUCUUCCAGUGUCCUACUUUCCUUCCUCUUAUUUCCUGCAUUCCUGCUUUGCUUUGGGCAGGACAGAGAUCAAGCAGCCAUUGAGCAGCCCCUUCCGGACCCUGCAAUGUGAAUGUAGCCUGAUUUGGCCCAUUGUGCAUUUGUGUAUCCCUGGCUUGUGUCAGUGGGUUUCUCAAAGCACUGAUAACCAAUUUUCAAUUUAUUCUAUUGAAGGGGCUGGGGUGGGGUACUACGUUUGCAUUUGUUUUUUUAGCUCUUCUGUGAUAACUUGUUGGAUAUUAAGAGAUAUUUUGCUUCAGUUGGGAUAUUUGUAUACUUGCAACUAUAUUUCUGUACACAGCUGCAGUCCAGAAUAAAACUUUGAAAGUUUUCA